UACAUACUGCAUCGGAAGCCGUAUACGAAUUAUUUACAAAAUCUGCAUUAAAAGAAGAAAAAGAAAGCACUUUGCAAAAUGAAAAUUCUGACCAAUAUUUAACAGUGUCUAGGGACGGUUCCUGGAAAAAGAGAGGAUUUUCUUCAUUAUACGGCAUUGUAACGCUCAUCGGAAAAUAUAGCAACAAAGUUAUAGAUUUGAUUGUGAAAUCAAGUUAUUCUAAAAUAUGUGAAACGUGGGAAAAAAAACUUGAUGAGGAAGAAUAUGAAAAUUGGAAAGAAGAUCAUAUGAAAGACUGCUGUAUAAACCACGAAGGAUCAUCAGGGAAAAUAGAGGUGGAUGGAGUGAAAGAAGUGUUCGGCCGAUCAAUAGAAAAGUAUGGAGUAAUGUAUACGCGUUAUAUUGGCGACGGCGAUACUAAAACGUUCAAAGGCAUUAUAGAUUUUAAUCCAUACAACGUACCUGUUAAAAAAUUGGAAUGUGUACUGCAUGUAAAAAAAAGAAUGGGUUCGAGAUUGAGAAGCGAGAAGAAAAAGCAUAAAGGAAUAGGAGGAAAAGGCUCAGGCAAAUUAACGGAUAAACUAAUAAAUGAUUUAACAGCAUACUAUGGACUAGCAAUAACAAGGCACAUUGAUUCUAUAGAAGAUAUGAAAAACACCAUUUGGGCUACGUAUUUUCACAAAUGCUCAACGGACAAAAAUCCACAACAUACAUACUGCCCCGCUGGAUUGACAAGCUGGUGCUCUUAUCGCCGCGCUGAAGCCGAAGGAACACUAGCAAAAUAUAAACACGAUUCGCCGCUCUCAGAUUAA